CUGAGGGAUGACAUAAGGCACACAGUUCAGUGAAACAAAUAUAGGGUAAAUUAUUCCCUUUUUUUGACCACGAUGACCUCUUUCAGUCAUGCUUUAGACGUACAUUGUUGAAAAACGACAAGGGAAGAUGCACGUGGGCUCUUGACCUCAUCACACUCAGCUCGUGCAUUAAACUCAAACAAACUCAUGGUUAAAAUAAAUGAUUUACAGAUCACUUGCUCUUCUGCUUGUCCACUGACCAAAGCCACCACUUUAGUCCUUGGACCUACCAACAGUAAAAAGUGGCCGUGACGGAGGCAACCACUAAAUGUCCCUCUUCUUCUCCAUAUAUAUAUUGUAAAAGAUUUUUUUUUUUACUUCUUGGAGAAGUGGCUGGAUGAGUUAUGCAAGUGUCCUCUUCCCGUGGCAGGAUAUUCGCCUUAAAAUGCUGACAUAGAUUUCCUGUCAGCAUGUAGUCACACCGAGGAGGAGAAACCACUUUACACUUCAUUUACUUGCAAAGGAAUUAAGACAAAGCUGAACUGCAAAGAGAGCCAACAUCCAGCAUUAGCAAUGGCUUUCAGAGCAUUCACCCAAGUGCAUGUUUAUGAAAAGCAGGGAGUCUCAAAAGAGAAGGACAAGACCAGCAUCCAGUGCCUUGAGUGCUAUGACCGAAAUGUAUAUAUGGGAACUAAAGAUGCAACAGUCCAGCACCUGAUUCUCAGCAGAAGCACAAACGGAGUCCUGAAUUCGGGCCAGACCAACACCAGAGAGGGUAGAGCGAGAAAACUAGGCUCAAGCGGCUCUGUAGUCAAACUGAGGGCGGUCCCGCUUCUCAACCAUCUGCUCGUCCUGUGGGACAGAAGCGUCACUGCCCUCAACAUGUUCUCCUUAGAACCUGUUCCAACUCUGAAGAAGAUCCAGCACGUGUCUCUGUUCGAGCUGUGCGACUCAUCGCUUGAAACGGAGAGAGCAUGUGUGCAGAUAGUGACGUCCUCUAGCCGCAGGAAAGUGAUCCAGAUCCACGUUGUGGGGGUUAGCAGGUGGGAGGUUGUGAAGGAGGUGUCCCUGCUCCAAGAACCUGUGGCUUUGGCACUAGACGGCACAAGUCUGUGUGUUGCCACUGCUCACAGAUAUGUCCUCUGCAACAUUCACACUGGGAGCACCGAGGAGCUUUUUUCCCACAAUCAUAGGAGGCAACAGGCCUUUGUUGCCUCAGUGGGGCGAGGGGAGUUCCUCCUGAAUGGUCCUGAAUGUUUGGGCGUGUUUGUGAUGAAGACAGGGACGUGCCAACGCCCUCCCCUCCAGUGGCCUCGGGAGGUGCUGGCAGUCGGAGUAUAUUUCCCUUACAUCCUAGCCCUCGAGCCACACGUGCUCUCCGUCUACAGCAUGUUAGAUCAGCUGUGCAAACAGACGCUCAAUCUCAGCGGAGGACAGGGGCUGCUUUCCACAUCAGAUGGUGUACUAGCGUUCACAGAAAGAGAUGUUUUCAGCCUGAAGCUCGUGCCAUUCGAAGAGCAGAUCCGUGAGCUGCUGGGACAUGACAGGGUUGAAGAGGCCUUAGUGCUGCUGGAUGGAGUUCAAAGCUAUUAUCCACUUGACACAUAUGAGGAACUGCAGAAGGCCACUACUCGCCUAGCUGGAUUUGUUCACUUCUACCAGGAGGAUUUUGCUGUGGCCAGAGAUCUGUUCAUUAAAGGUGAACUGGACCCGAGAGAAAUCAUCCACACCUACCCCCACAUGGGUCUCAGCGAGGGCUUUCAAUCGCAAUUUGAUCAAGUAAACCACCGCAGAGACCUCAAGGUGAUCUGGGAGGGGGACAGGAACACAUUUCAUCGUUACCUUGCCUUCCUGGGAGAUUAUCUGAGAGCAGUCAGGGCCACAGAGCAAGGCCUGGCGUGUGUUAAGCAGGUGGACGGCGCCCUCCUGUGGCUGUAUGUGCAACUGCAGGACCAUGAGAGUUUGCAGCAGCUUGUAGAUUUCCCUAAUGAGUGCAGCCUCGACCACUGCGUUUCUGUUUUGGACCAACACAACAGAUUUUUUGCAUUGGGCUCCCUUUACAAAAGUCACGGGAUUCACACUGAUGCCAUUGAGACUUGGAUGAAGAUUGUAGAUGGCAUCUACAAAGAUCCCACGUGCUCUGAUGUUUAUGGACACAUAGUAAAGACUCUUACUCAGCUGAAAGACAGAGAGACUGUGUGGGCUUUUGCAGACUGGACUCUGCAAAGAAACCAGAAGGUAGGUGUACAGAUUUUCACCAAGCGUCCACCAGAUGAUCAGUUUGAGAACUGCGACGUCCUUGCCCUCUUGGAGAAGUAUCCACGAGCAUUGCUUUUGUAUCUGGAGUUCCUGACCUGCGAUUUGAACAGUAAGGAGGAGAGGUAUCACAGCCGUCUGAUCCUGGCAUAUGUUGCGGAGACGCUGCAAGAACAACUGGAAACAGAGUUGGAUGUGACCAGAGCGAAGCUGCAACAGCUGCUAUGGGAAUCUAAAUGCUACGACGUCUCUGCCGUGUAUGACCGGAUGAAAUCAACAAGUCUGCACCUAGAGAAAGCCAUUCUCUUGGGUAGGACUGGUGAUCACCCCCAGGCGCUGCAGUUGCUUGUUCAUCAGGAGAGGGACCUCCAGGCUGCGGAGGCCUACUGCUGCAGGGCUGCCCGGGACCAGGACUCACACUUACUAUUCACCCUGCUCCAAAUCUACUUGAGCUCCCCAGAUCUCACAGGAGCUGCCUUGGACCUGCUCAAGAACCACCCUCAGGCAUUUGCAGCAGAGAAGGUCAUCCAACUCCUUCCUGACUCCUGGUCUGUUCAAUUAGCCUCUCACUCUUUAAUUGGAUCUCUCAGAACAACCUUUCACCAGAGGCAAAUGCUGAGGGUGCAAAAGGGUUUGGCCCAGGCAGAACUCUUGAGGCACCAGGUCAUUUGGAUGCAAGCCUCAAAAACGAAAUUCAGAGUGAACAGGGAGCAGAGGUGUUCGGUUUGUCAGGACAACCUUACAGAGCCACAGUUUUCCCGUGAUCCAAGAGAAACAUGGGUCACUGCAAUCUUGAAUCAGAUUUCUCGCUUGUUAACUGUUUGCCUACCUAAUCACUUUUCCAGAUUAUAUAUUGUCACUGAGGCAGAGCCCUCUACAAACGUUAAUUUCUUGGAUCCAUGAACAGGCGGGUUCUCUAAUUAGAUAAAAAGAAAAUACAUGGGGUAAAUAAAAGAGCGAGCAGUGCACUUUUUCAGGGCGACAUGUCUGAGCCAUAUCCUACAGACACUGUACACAUAGUCAUAAAAUGUGGGGGACACUCUGGGGAACAUAUCACUGAUCAGUCAGUGGGGUUUUUACAUGGAAACCAUAUGUGGUGAACUGAUGACCAAAGAAGAUCUGACCAUGCUCCACUGCUGUAUAUAUUCAUCUCUGGCAUCACAGUUUCCACUGUGUAUAUUUGUCUACAUAAAGCUGAAAAUAGGCAGUCAACAAGAAAGUGGCCACGAGAGAGCUUUUUUUAUUCAACUCGUACAAAAAUAUACAUUUAUGUCCCAGGGAAGUAACAUUUUGGACUUACUUAUUUUCUUAAAAAAGUUUAUUGAAACCAAGUGAUGAUAUCUGUGAUGUGUCUAUUGAACUAGCACCAUCUCCUGUGUCUCCACAUAAUGUUCAACAUAAAUGGAAAUCAUUGAUUCAUAUGUUAUUCACGUUAUAUAUGUUUAUAUUACAUAGUUUAUGUUCACAUGAAGGCUAAACAUAACUUGUCAUGAUCAAAAAGUCCCAACUGGGCUUCAGUUCAAUUUAUUUAACCCUUUCCUUGUGAAAAAAAUGUAUUUUUAUUUUUACAUUUUUCAAUAAAGACAGAGAUUUUUGGAUAA